AUGGCACCCUAUGAGGAUUUAUACGGGAGACGAUGUCGAUCACCCAUCAGUUGGUUUGAGGCUGGUGAGGCAAAGGUAUUAGGCCCAGACUUGGUAAAGGCAGCACUGGACACGGUUAAACUAAUUAAGCAGAGAUUAUUAGCAGCCCAGAGUAGGCAAAAGGCUUAUGCUAAUAAGAGACAUCGAGAGUUGGAGUUUUCAGUAGGAGAUCACGUAUUCUUACGAGUAUCACCCAUGAAAGGCGUUUUGAGAUGUGGGAAGAAGGGGAAAUUGAUCCCGAGAUACAUUGGACCAUACGAGAUCCUUGAGAAAAUAGGCGCAGUUGCUUAUCGUUUAGCACUCCCACCAGAAUUGUCGACCGUACAUUCAGUAUUUCAUGUAUCUACGUUACGAAAGUAUAUACCAGACCCAUCCCAUGUACUCAAAGCGUCCAAUAUUCAGUUAGAUGAGAAUUUAACCUAUGAAGAGGAACCAGUGGUUAUAAUCGACAGAAAAAUAAGAAAGCUGCGGUCGAAAGAGAUCGCGACAGUGAAAGUGGUAUGGAAAAAUCAUAGUAGUGAAGAGGCGACAUGGGAAGAUGAUGAAAUGAUGGGAGCCAAUUCGUUGGAUUAUUUUACUGGGUAUUGA